AUGAAGUGUGUCAUACCUAGACAGAAUUUGAAAAUUUUAUCGCGAGCAUUGAACACAAUGUGUCGCAUUGGGGAAGAUUUGUACAUCGAGCCCAAUUCAACGCAAUUAGUCAUGCAUACUACCAAUAGUUGGCAUACCGUAUAUGCAUGGUUUACAUUUGACUCGUCAUUUUUCUCUAGUUAUUAUUUUACUGAAGACGAUGAACAAAACAGUGAAAAUUCAUUGAAAUGUAAAAUAUCACUCAAGUCAUGCAUUACAAUAUUCAAAUCUCCACAUUUAUCACGCUGCUUAGAGUCAUGUCAUAUGGAAAUUAAAAGUAAUGCAGAUACAAUUACAAUUCAGUUACGUUAUUCAAAUUUUUGUGUUAAAACUCAUUUGAUACCAGUACUAGAAUAUUCAGCAUUACAAGUGAAUCAAAAUGUUGAUACAAGUCAUGUACUUUGUAUUGAUUCCAAGGUGUUAUCAGCUGCUGUUAAACAUUUCCAGAACAGUGAAACCGACAUUACAUUAAUUGUAACUACUGAAAAAGUGAUAUUGAAAACCCACUCGGAAUCUUGUAGAGAUAUAAGACAAAUGUUAAGAACUGAAUUGAACUUGCAGUCAUCAGAAUUUGACAUCUAUGAUGUUGGUGAAGGCUGUUGUAUAACAUUUUCGCUUAAAGAAAUACGACCACUGUUGGCCUUUGCAGAGCACAUGGCAUUACCAGUUAUUAUUCGUUUUAGUUCUCCUGGAAUGCCUAUGGUAUUUGGACUUAAAAACGGCUUGACAUUUGAAAGCCAAUAUAUACUAUCAACAAUGAAUGAUAAUGCAAUAUCUGGAGAUGCCAAUUCCAUACGUUUAAAUAUUAACGCUAUCGACAAUACUCAGAGUACUAAUGAUCAACCAGAAAAUCUGUUACCUAAUAUAAAUCGAACUCAAAUAGCGAGUUCUAGCUUACGAACUCCAAUGCGGGUACAAGUUGAGUAUCCAGAUAGUAUUUCAAGAAAACGCAAACACCCAUCACCUACUCAUCAAACGCCGAAAAUAGUCAAUUCAGUCAAUUCUAUUUCAGUAAUUGAGCAGUUCAGAGAAGAAUGUUUAGAAGAAGAUGUCUUAUUAUCUCAGGUUGCUGACUUCCAUGUAAAUAAUGAACCAAUUAAAACACCUGUAAACGAGAAUAGUAAUUUCACACAAGAAUUUUCUGAUACUGCACUUGUAUUUGCCAGAUGUCAUUCAUUGCCUAUAAGAAAUUCCCCUAUUAAAGGAAAGGGAAAAGUGCUGGUGUAUGAUUCAGAUGGUCUUAUAGAUGAUUCUGAUUAA